CAUGAGCUGAAUCUGUCCGGGACAGACCAGGGAAGAUGGCGGCCACUGACCAUUCCCGGUCCGAAGCUGCCAAACAGCGACGGCAGGAUCAGCUGCAGCGAUGGCUGGGCUCGGAGACGGAUCGUACGGGGUCGGAAACCCGGGAAACUUCGGGCGGCUCCGGGACGCGGCGGGCGAAAGUCCGGUUCGCCCAAGGAGCCGUGUUUAUGGCCGCUUGCUCCGCCGGAGACCGGGAGGAGGUGGCAGCGCUGCUCCGGCAGGGAGCUGACAUCAACCACGCCAACAUAGACGGACUGACAGCGCUUCAUCAGGCCUGCAUUGAUGAAAAUGCUGAGAUGGUGCAGUUUCUGGUGGAGAGCGGGAGUGACGUCAACAGAGGGGACAACGAGGGCUGGACUCCUCUGCACGCUGCAGCUUCCUGCGGCUUCAUCCAGAUUGCAAAAUACCUGAUAGAGCACGGUGCGCGUGUCGGGGCGGUGAACAGUGAAGGAGAGCUUCCUCUGGACGUGGCCACAGAAGACGCCAUGGAGAGACUUCUCAAGGGAGAAAUCAAAAAACAAGCGAUAGACGUGGACAAGGCCAGGAAGGAGGAAGAGAGGAUCAUGCUCCAGGACGCCAUGGCAGUGCAGGCAGGAAGUGGCACCCUCACACCUCACCCGAACACCAAGGCAACCGCUCUGCACGUUGCCGCUGCCAAAGGCUACAUCGAAGUCCUGAAGGUGCUGUUACAGUGUGGGGUGGACGUGGACAGCAGGGACAUCGACGGGUGGACGCCCCUGCAUGCAGGAGCUCACUGGGGGCAGGAGGAGGUGUGCUCCCUGCUGGCCGACAACAUGUGCGAUAUGGGUGCCGUCAACAACGUGGGCCAAACACCUCUAGAUGUUGCAGAUGAGAACCUGGUGGACACUCUGGAGGAGCUGCAGAAGAAGCAGAACGCUUUACGCAGCGAGAAAGAGAAACAGACUCCUGUUAUUGAGACCAGCCCGCAAAUCUCCAUGGUACCAGUUCGCACACGCAGGACUUCUAUCUCUCGUAUGAGCAGUAAAGAGAAGAUCUGCCUCCAUGAGCGUGAGAAGCACCCACCUCCUGCCCUGCAGAGCAGCCCGGCCGAGGACGAGGAGGAAGAAGGCCAGACGGGUCAGAGCCAGCCUCAGAGCCAGGGGAAGGCCUCCAGCAGCUCCAGCUCGGAGGAGGAGAGUGAAUCGGAGAGUGAUGCAGAGUCGGAAAAAGCCAAAAACCGAGAGAUCAUAAACAACUUGAACAACAAACGCAACACCACCAGCCUGCUUCCUACCUCCAUGUCAGCGAGUACUGCUGCAAGCCAAGUGAAAAAGCAGGACCCAGGCAAACCCCCAGCCCCCGAGGCCCCGGGCUCCUGGAGGACGUCUCUGAGGAAGGCUGGCAGCUCGGUCACUCUGGGCUCAGCCGGACUGUCUGACACCAGCCAGGACCCCAGCAGACCUCCAGAGACUGUCCUGGGUAUGACCCGCUCCGCCUCCAGCCCUCGCCUCAGCUCCGAGGCCGAGACCAAGGAGCCGAGGCUCGCUCGCGUACCGCCCAUCCCGACACGAAGACUCUUCAGUAUUCCAGACAGCAGCCCUGACAACUCCAACAGUUGGCUAAGUCGUAGCUCCUCUUACACCCGGCGCCUUCAUAGUCAAUCAGGGAAUGAUUUCACUAGUUCCACUCCCUCUUUGCUUCACAGCUCAUCUUAUGGAAAGAGACUGGAUGACCCCACUGUGACCUCAGCCAGCACAGGAACAAGCUCUGCUGGACUCAGCCGCCUUAAUAGUGUCUCGGCCCAGAGACCUACUCAGGAACAGACAGAAAAGAAGGAUCAGUCUGCGGUCACCACCUCCAGCUCUCGCAGCACGACCACAGGCGAACAGGAGGCCAAGCAGAGGCGCAAAUCUUACCUGACACCAGUGCGGGACGAGGAGGCCGAGGCACAGAGGAAGGCUCGCUCCAGACAUGCACGGCAGUCCCGCCGCUCCACUCAGGGGGUGACUCUAACAGAUCUGCAGGAGGCAGAGAAGACGAUGAAGGACAACAAAGGGAGGGAAAAGAAGGAGGAGGAAGAGAAGGAGAAAGAGGCGAAAGAGAAGGAGGCUAAAGCGAAGAAGGGAGAGGAGGGGGAAGUGAGCUGGAGGUCUCGUAUUGCCAGUCUGCAGAAGUCUGACUUGCUGGGCCUCACACAGCCAGCCGGCACUCCACGGCCUCAGACGUCUGAAAGGAGAGAUGUUGAGGCCAGCACAGGGGAGAGUGAGACGGAGCGAUGGGCUAGGGAGCGCAGGGAGAGGAGACAAGCACGGGCCCGAAGGAAGGCACAGAGGACUGGGGAGAGUGAUGACAAUGAUCCCAGUGGAGAGGAAGAGUUCUCAGGCAGUGGGCUGGAUCCACAGACAGACCGACACUUGAGUUCCAGGUCCUGUAACGACUGCACACAGGGAGGAGACUCUGACUCCAAGGAUUUUAAAAAGUUGUUCGAGGAGGUCUCCAGAGAAAACAGUCAGCUCCAGUCUCAGCUGCAGGACACCCAGAGGGUCAUCAGCCAGACCAGAUUGGACCUUGAAAAGGCCACACAGAGACAGGAGCGCUUCACUGACUGUUCAGCCUUGCUGGAUCUGGAGAGAAAGGACCGGAGGAUGUUGGAGCGGCGAAUGGCAGAGCUGGAGGAGGAGCUAAAGGUUCUGGUCGACCUGAGAGCAGACAACCAGCGUCUUAAAGAUGAAAAUGGAGCACUGAUCCGUGUCAUCAGCAAACUCUCCAAAUAGACGAGGAGAGAAAGACACAAAGAGCAGGGAACGCCCACCACCCCCCUUCAUCCAUCCAUCCAUCCCUCCCUCCCUCCCUCCCUGCUUCUACACAUUCCUCCCAGUGCCAAAGAGAGAGAGAGAGAGAGGGGAGAGAAGCAGCAGAAUGUCCUAUGUACAUGAACACCACAGCUUGACUUGGACUGUGAUGCCUCUCUGAACAGCUGGAGCGGCUUUUGUGUGCCUUACUGCCCGUUUGUCACAGGAAGACCUCUGGCAUGGAGGCCUGCGGCGAUGGUCAGUGGCUCCCACAGUAGCAACAUGAGACUCGACAACGGCCAGAAAACCCACGGCUGGUGCAACACACAAAAAACAUCGACUACGACUGUGCAUCAGGGGAACAUUAACGUGCACACACAUUCCUAUGCGUGCAUCACAUACUUCCUCCAUGCACAUUCCACGAGCGCACAAGGCAGCUUGGGCCUUAAAGCUCCCACUUAGUAUUUAUUU